AUGGACGAGCUGAUUCUCGACGCCGGACGAGCUGAUUCUCGACGCGGGCGAGAGGGGACGCGGGCGAGAGGGCGAGAGGGCGAGAGGGCGAGAGGGCGAGCGGGUACGCGGGCGGAGAGCACGUUGGGAGAGCGCGAGAGGGUACGCGGGCGGGAGGGUACGCGGGCGAGAGGGGACGCGGGCGAGAGGGUUAGCGGGCGGGAGGGCGACAGGAAGCACGUUGGGAGAGCGCGAGGAAGCACCUUCGACGUCACCGCCACCCCUCCGAGGGGCGUAUCUUCGCCUGCGCCGCUCCGAGGGGUGGACCUUCACCUCCACUUCAGGGAGGGGCGUAUCUUUGCCUCCGCCGUUUCGAGAGGGGCGUACCCUCGCCUCCACCGCUCCGAGGGGCAGGGACUCACCGCCACCUCUUCGAAGAGACGUACUUUCACCUCAGCCGCUUCGAGCGGACGUACUCUCGCAGCCACCUUUUCGGGGGGCGUGUCUUCACCAGGCCGCUUGGAGGGACGUUUCUUCGCCCGCGCCUCGUCGAGGGGUGGACCUUCACCUCCACCUCUUCGAAGGGUGCGUGCUUUCGCCUCCGUUUUGGAGGGCGUAUCCUCGCCACCACCUCUCCGAGGGGCGUAUAUUCGCCUCCGCCGCUUCGAGGGGCGGGAUUCGCCGCUUCGUGGGGUGUGUUUUCGCCCCCAAUUCUUCGAGGGGCGCACCCGCAUCUCUACCGCUUCGAGGGGAGGGCGUACCUUCGCCGCCGCCACUUCGGAGAGCGGGGAGUGA